CACCUCAAUAUUUAAGUGAAGACUGAGUCCCUUUUCAUUCCCACCAGCUUCACCGCUCGCAAAUAUCUCUGAACACGUCCGAGUCGUCCGAGUACUAUGUACACAUCCAUUUCAGCGUCCAACUGGGGUUCCCCUACCGCUUCUAGACGGGCUCUGCUCAUUCAUGGAUUGACUAUGUCCUCACAAUCAUGGGAGGGCAUCGCUCAACUAUUAGUAGCAGAAGGGUUCUUUGUCGUCGCACCGAAUCUCCUUGGCCAUGCAUGGAGACGGGGCACCGACUAUAGCAUGUCCGCCCUUGCAGAGGACCUCCGGCCAUAUUUUGUCAUGGACACGUCCUACGACGUGAUUAUAGGUCAUUCUCUUGGGGGCUUAGUGACUAUAUCGCUCUUGCCAUUCUUGCCCAAGGCGAAAGAAACCACCGUCAUACUCCUCGAUCCCCCCGUCGAGGUUACAGAGGAGCGAAUCGAAAUACCUAAAGCAUCGUUUAGGAAGGAAGUUACGAAUGUUAGAACUGCGGACGAGCACAUGGCUGAGAAUCCUGCUUGGUCUCGAGGUGACAGCGUUUUAAGAGCGCUAGGAGCCCACAUGUGUGAUCGCACUGUUGUCGAGCGGAUAUUUGAGCAUAACAGGCCUUGGUCUUUCAGUGGCCUAUUAAAACACAUCCCAUCUCACGUGAAGACCACCAUAUUGGCAGCAGAUCCGGCAUUUGGUGGUGUCUGUUUCUUGGAGCAUAUCCCUUGUGACGUGGCGAGGUUGAACGCCAGAGUUUUAAUUGGAAUUGGACACUGGAUUCAAUACGAGUGUCUCGAUGCUAUCAUGGGUGAAAUACCCCUACCAAAAGAAAAACUGUGAGCCGUAUCAAGGGAUAAUGUUCUGCGGCGUAAUUUUUGUCUGUAACCGCCAAAUUCAAAUAUAUACUUACCUGUUCUCGAUGUUGCCCACAGGCCAUUCAAGGAAGCUAGGUUUGCUGUUUACGAGCAUAUUAUUUAGUUUAUUGGAUGCUGUCCCAUAUUUAUACAAUUCACAAAGCUGUUCCC